AUGCCUACUCAAACGGCAAAACCCAAAGCCAAGUCCCCCAUGCCUCCUGGCAAGCCGACCAGUCCAUCGACUACUUCAAAUGCUCCCCCGGAAAAGGCGUCGACGACCUCGACUGCGAAACCAGCAGCGAAAAAGGACGUGAAUUCCAACAAGCCUACCCCGGAAGAGAGUCGACGAGCUUUCAAGCAGUUCCAGAAGGGCAAAGGGCGGGCACACGAUGUCCUCGGACACGCACACUCGUGUGCCAAGUGUAACCACGCUGCCGAACUCGCCAACGCCGUCAUGGACCCCACCCGACCGCCUACGAUGAGCCCGGACUGUAUACUGUACACCCAUCCGACGGCGUACAUCCCUGCAAGGGCACCGAGGUGUUUCUGUUCAAAGGAGCCUAGCCCUUCUUUGCAAAACACCUAUGCUACCUUGCAUGACCUCUUCAUCAGGCGUCUGAAGUUGCACGACCUCCCUAUCGUCUUUUACGAAGAGGUUGCCGAGCUAGAAAAACAGAUGAUCCCGGAGAUGAUGCGGGACGCCAUGCUAGGAAAAGCCUACAUCGGCCCGUCGAACAGUUUUGCUCCAGAGCUGUCUUAUGGGUACGAAGGGGAUCCUAACGGGGUUGGAAAUGGAGGAGUGGGUGGAAGGACGCCGAGGAAACGGAGGAGACAUCCGUUCAGGGUCUCGGAUUAUCCUGAUCCGGAAGCUAGGCUGGAGAUGAGGAUCGAGUUGCUCCGGGCCGUCAAGGGGUUGAGCAAGGAGUUAUUAUUCGAUUCUACGGCGCCGUUGGUACUCGAAGAGCUAGCAUAUUGCGGAGACGUACAUGGGUACAGUUCCCUCACCCACGGCCCACCCUGCGCAUGCGUCCUCAACCUCUGCCGUCCAUGUCUCAAAGUCCUAGCCUCCCGCCUGAUACCCAAUACGACCCCCCGUCCCCUCCCCCGCUCUCCACCGGAUUCCGCCUUUCUCUUGUACUCGGCCCGGGCGCUCAAAGCUCAGUAUCUCAGUAAAGAAACCGCCGCGGCGAUGGAGAGGAGCGAUUGGGAGGAAGACCUCAAGGCGUGUCAGAGACGGACGGGGGACGUGCUCUGGCAGAUGGCCAUGGAGAUUGAUCUGGUGAAAGCGUCGAGGGAGGUGAUCGGGGUCAUGGAGAGGGCGUAUGACGAAGACUUUUAUCAGGGAUUGUUACCACUUUACAAGCCUGAGCCUGGGUUCGAGAAGGAGAGUUUCAAGCCCGUCAGGAAUAUCAAUCAAAUCAACCACUACCUCGAUCAAGUCGGGGAAGACUUCGAAGACGAACUACAAGCCAAGAGGGAAAAGGCAGAGAGGGAGAAGGAAAAAGGAAACAACGCUUUCAAGAGGGGAAUGUUCCAGAGAGCGGCCAAGCAUUUCAGUAAUGCUAUGGAGUUGGAUCCGUGUGAGGUUGUCUAUCCUCUGAAUCGAUCUCUGCCGUUGAUCAAGAUGAGAAAAUAUAGAACAGCCGAACGUGAUUGCACUUUCUGCAUACACGUAAAUCCCAAGAACACGAAAGCGCUGUAUCGUCGAGCUUUGGCAAGGAAAGGUCUGGGUCAUCUGGUCGAGGCAGAAAUAGACCUAAACAUGGUUCUGGUGCUCGAGCCCACGAACCAGGCGUCGAUCAAUGAGCUCGAGGAGAUUCGGCAGAUCCUAUGCCAGACCGCCGGCUCGUCCGCAGGCAAUACCGUAGCCAUGAUGAAGCAAAUCCCGAUGGUCGUAGAUUCCGCCACCGCGAUCGCCGAGAGACAGGACUCGGAAACCUAUUGGAAAGAACGCCUAGCAACGACCGUGAAUCCUGACGAGAGUUUGCAUCGGGGCAAAACCGGUUACCCUUGUGCAGCGUACAAUCUCAACAAGGAUGGGUGUCCGGCAGGCGCCAACUGCUUCGACUCGCACGCACCGGAUCAGUAUUCGCUCCGCGUCAAUGCCUUCAAUCGAAAUGUCUGCACUAACAAUCUCCUUGGACGAUCCUGCAUCCCGGAAGAUUACGACGAGGAGGAUGAGGAUGAGGAGCCUUACAUCUGCCCGUACAUGCACGCUGAGACGGAAGAUGAGAAGAAGGUCGUCUGGAGCGAAAUGCAAGACCUGGCCGACAAGCUGCACACAGAUAUGAGUAUCGACAAGACUAUGACACAAAAGGGUUUCAUGGAUGCCAUGAGGGCGGGCGUGAUGGCGGGGCAGAUCAACCCUAUGAAUGGGUCAGCCAGUAUCAGCAUCCCGCCCGAGAUCCAGCGCAUCCUCCAGGAUGGUAUGCAGAGCAUUUUGGAGAGGAGCGUUAAGGACGGGCCGGCUCAGUUCGAUCUCGAACAGAUGAGCAUAUCCUUUGAUCUGCCCAUCCGCGCCUCGAAGGGCCCUCAGCCUCGAGCGAUGAAGAAGCAGGGCACGGCCAAGAAUGGCAAGAAAUAG